GUAUGGAUGAGGUUGGUAAUAGCGGCCGAAUGGAGUGGUUUGGUCCCACACAUCGCAGCAUCCCUCAUUGGGAGGGUCGCCCAUGACAGGUCGCAUUUUGUGACAACAACCUGACAGCAGCAUCGUGGUGAGAUCAGGCAGGCUGAAGUCGUACUUUCUCAAUGCUUGAUACGUUCGAGUGCCAGUCAAAUGAAACUCAUUCCAUUGUCCAAAGCCGUGCUACCCGGACCGUGGCAAACCAUCGAAAUUACACUCUCAAAAAGUGGUUGUUAGGCGGGUUUCACGAUUGUUUCACCCCCCAUUCGAGAACAAGGAUAUUUUCUUCUCUCCGCGCCAUUUCGUCAACGGCGAAUUUAGGGGCCGCUUACAUGAUUCUGUCUGGGAUAAUGGUUGGCUUGGGGGUAAAUUAUGGGUUGUUUGGCCACCGGGCAGCGCGACGGUCUUGCUCUUUCAAGGAUGGUCGCUCCGGUAGUUUCUUCCUCACAAGGGUAGUGGAUUUGUCUGCACGGAAUGUCCGAGACUGCCAUUGCUUCAGGUGGCUAUUUUCAUUUGAUUGUCCUUUUGUCCAGGUCUCUCCCCCAGCCUUCGCUCAUUUGUCGGUCCGUUGAGCUGGGCAGGGCGACAUCUGACCAGUCCAACGCCAUGACGGUGGAGAUGAAAGGAGACAG